GACGCAGAUCUCUGGCAUCCAUUAUUCUACAUUCUGUCAUUCUGUCAAGUUUUGCCAAAAAAGAGAAAGAAAAGUGCGAAUUUAAUUGGGUUUUAUUUUAUUUGCAAUAAACAUUUGCAUUAUUUUCAUUAACAAAAAAUAAUGUUAACAACAUCAGCAAACUUUAUAUUAUCAAUAAAAAGAGAAUAAAACAAUAAUAUUUAGCAAAAAAUAAAGUGAACACAAAUUAAUUAGAAAAAGAGUGUGUGUGUGUUUGUGUGUAACGCAAAAAAAUAUAAAAAAGGAGAAAAGAAGCAGCAGAAGAAGAAUCAAUUUCAUGUGAAUUUUGAAAAAUUGUAUAUAAUGGAAAUUGUAAUUUAAUUCGUGCGUGGUGUAGUGCUAUUUUUUCAUUUAAUUCCUUAGAUUUCGGUGAAAUAAAAAUCUAUAAAAUUAGUUUUAAUACGUGUUCAAUGUAAAAGAAAAAAUUAUAGAGUAAAUUGCGACAGUACAACCAACAGCAGCAGCAGUAGCAACAACACAGCGAAAAAGCAACAAGAACAACAUCAACUUAAUAAAGAACUACAACAACUAUAAUAAUAUUUGUGUUAAAAUAACUGCACACACAACUUUGUUAGAUCGGCAUUUAGCCAAAAAUUAAAAAAAAGAAAAUAUUAGUUUUUGUUUUUUUGUUUCUUAAUUUUUUUGUGUAAUAUUAAAGCAGCUUUAAAACCCAUAGACACAAAUACAUACAAAUAAACACUUUAAUUCUGAAGUGGCAAUGACUUCUACUUCAAAUUCAUCAUCAUCAUCGUCAGCUUCUACAACAUCAUCAUCUUCGUCUUCGUCGUCAACAUCGGCUGGAGUAAGUGAUACAAAUUAUAGUUCUGCUGAUAUUAGUAACAAUUCUACAAAUAGAGUAGUAGCCAAUAUGUCAGGUGGCGGCGAUGGUAAUAGCAAUGAUACUCCACCAUUAGAGGCAUCAACGCCCAAUAAUAUUGAAUUGGAAUAUAAGAAAAUAACAGGAGAUCGUAAUGGUUGGCAGCGUUUAUAUCAGGAAAUUCGCGAAAAAUGUGAACGUGAAGCAAAUGAAAAACAUUUCGGGACAAUUGAAUCAGAAAAACCACAAAAUCGUUGCCUGAACAGAUACCGAGAUGUUAACCCAUACGAUCAUUCAAGAAUUAUUAUACACAGAGGCGGUGUCGAUUACAUUAAUGCCAACUUAGUAAAGCUUGAACGAGCUGAACGUAAAUAUAUUCUAACACAAGGACCACUCGGUGAUACGGUUGGGCAUUUUUGGUUAAUGGUUUGGGAACAAAAAACAAAAGCAAUACUGAUGUUAAAUAAACUGAUGGAAAAGAAACAAGUUAAAUGUCAUUUGUAUUGGCCAGAACGUAAAGGUCUAGAAAAUGCUCUCAAAUUGAAUGAAGUUAAAUUGACCAUCGAAUUUUUACGUUGUGAAGAGUACAAAAACUUUUGUGUGCGAUGGUUUAAAUUAACAGAUAUUGAAUCGAAUCAAAGUCGCGAAAUUAUACAAUUCCAUUAUACCACCUGGCCCGACUUUGGCAUUCCCAGUUCACCAGUGGCUUUUUUGCAAUUCCUUAAACAAGUACGCGAUUCAGGUGCUUUAGAGCCAGAUGUUGGUCCUGCCGUUGUGCACUGUAGUGCUGGUAUAGGUCGUUCGGGUACAUUCUGUUUAGUGGAUUGUUGUUUAGUUUUGGUUGACAAGGAAGGUGUUCAAAAUGUAUCUGUACAAGAUGUUUUAUAUGAAUUGCGUAGAUAUCGUAUGGGUCUUAUACAAACCGCCGAUCAAUUGUAUUUUUCAUAUCAAGCUAUUAUUGAAGGCAUUAAAUUACUUAAAGAUCCGAAAUUCAUUGAUUACAAUGAAGCGCCUAUUGUUACCAGUGAUGAUAGUCAACAUCAUGAGCAAUAUAUUAUAGAUGAAACACCACCGCCCUUACCACCGCGCACCCAUUCCCUCUUACCUUUGGCUGGUAGUGGAGCUGAUGGCAUUUUAAGGCUGAAUUUGGCUGGUUCACAAGGUAAACCACUGCCCAAAAUACCGGCCAGUGUUAGUUUUAACGAUGACCUUUACGCACCCGACAAUGACAACACCAACAAAGAUGCUCUAAAUAAUUUCAUAAAUAAUGAGAGAAGUUCUGAAAGUAAUACAAGCAUGACAAAUCGACCACUUCCACCACUGCCAACACAACAGAAUAAUUCAUUGAAUCGUGUACACGAAUCGGAUAGUGAUGAAAACGAAUACUUUGAAAAUGAUGAUAGUGAAGAAGAUGAUAUUGACGAUAAUGAUGAUGAUGAUGACGAUGCCGAUGAUAACAAUGACCACGAAGAAGAUAAGGAUAAUGCCAACUAUAGCAAAUCAAGAAAUAAAGAUAAAUUUAAUCAUCAAUCGCAUCAGCAGCAGCAACAUAGUAAUGCAACAACGAACGAACAAAGUGUAGAAUAUGAUUCCAUGAACUUAAAUGGCAUUGAGACUGCAAAUACCAGUGGCUCUACAAGUCCUGAGUUACGACGUAGAAAACGUGCCGAACACCAGGCGAAUAUUGAACAAAAAGUUAAUGAAAUCAAACGAAAACAACGUGAAAACGAGGAGAACAAACAAGCGGCGAAAAAACGAAGGUCAUUAAUUACUUAUAUAACAGCAGGUGUUAUUGUGGGUGUUAUCUGUGUUUAUGCCUAUUCAAAAUGGGCUUAAAUAUUUAAUCCAAUUUCAAUUUUAAGCCAGCCACAUACACCAACACUAUUUUCUCUCUACUUUCGAAAAAUUUCCAUUUUGCAGAUCACAUUCUUUUAAUUUUGUGUGUUCGUUUAGAGAAAAGAAAAAAUGCAAACAAACGACAAAAGAACAAACUUAAAGUUAUACUACUAAACACAUAUUAAACACAAAACACAUGAAAAAAUUGAGAACAUAUAGAAGAGUGAGAAUACAUAUAUGGUAACGAACAAUCAAACGAUAAUGUUUUUGCCACAAUUUAUUAUUUUUUUUUUUUAUAAUUUAUAUAUUUCUAAAUGAUAACAUCGACUAAAUGAAUUUUUUUCUAAUAAUAAUGAAGUGAAUAACAUUUAUAUAAGUAUAUUAAACACAAAAAAACCAGAAGAAGUAUAAUAAUAAUUUAAAGAAAAAAGAAAUAACAAGAAAAGAGUAUAUUUAACAAAAAAAAAAGUAAAAUAAUUUUUAGUUUUAUUUGUGAAAACCUAGUUUUUACAAAUAGAAAUCUAAUAUCAUAUUAAUUUUUAGUAAGAACGCACACAAUACCAACAAAAACAACAACACUUAUUAUUAAAACAUUUAAGAAAUUAUGGGCAUAAACUACACAAACACACACACAUACCAAACACAGGAGCUUUAAACAAAAUUAAAAUGAUUUAAUCAUUUUCUUUAUUUUUUUGGUUUUUGAAAUAACGGAUUUUAAUUAACACGACAAACUGAACAUGUUUCUUUUAAAGUGUGUUGAAGCUUAGAUUUUUUUAUAGACAAAAUUUUGGAUAAGGAAUUUGAGUGUUUAAUUGAACUUUAAACUGGCCUCAGAUAUGUAGUGAAAACUCUACUGACCAAUAACUUGUGUGUUAAAAAUUUUUCAAAAUAAAAACUAUAUUUAGAAACAAAAUUUCAUUAUUGUGAUUUUUUGAAUGUUUUAACAAGGUUUCAAAUAAAAUGUUUUCUAGCUAAAAUUUCCAGGAAUUAUUCGAGAUUUUGAAAGCUAUAAAACAGUUUUGGUUUUAGUUUUAUCUAAACGAGAAAUGUUUUUCGAAUACAAUACAUAUUUGUAGAAAAUUUUCGAAUAAAUUUUAAAUUUAGAGGAAAUUUUUGAAUCAGUUUUUUUCACAUAGAGUUCUCGUAUUCAAAUAUUCACACAAAUUUUCCAUUUUUAGAAAAUUUUAAAAUAAAUUUUCGUUAUAAAAAAAAUAUUUCAAUAAAUUUUCGUUUUAUAGAAAAUGUUUGAAUAAAUUUUCGUUUUAUAGAAAAUGUUUGAAUAAAAUUUC